CCCACCUAGCUACAAUCCUCCCACAUAAGAAACUUCGUUGCCGACACUUCGACGUCGCUGUUUUAAUAGAUUCUCGAAGACAUUGGGUCUCUUUCUAUUCAUUUACCAGAGCGACGAGCGACAUUAAUCUAACCCAGCGAAACAAACUCGACUUGUUCAAGCUCAUUACGUAGCAUGAUGUCUUGACUUUGAAGCGUCUACCCGCAACACAGAUCCCAAAUAAACCCACAAAUGACAUUACCCGAGAAGAUGCGGCAACGAAUCGCCCUCCGGCGACUUCUUUUCCAGAAGCUAUUCCGGUCACCCGCUUCCUUACAACGACCCUUUACGAGCAACGCGUCGCUCGCAUCCAGAAGCCGUCCCCAGCUCCCGUUCCUCUCGAUACCAGUGACGACAACGCGGCGGAGAGCACGAUACUUUACGACCGAAACAAGGUUGUGGCUGCGACAUGAAGGCAGUAUGGUUGUGCGGUACAACAUUGCCUUAUGGGGUUCCCUGAUCUGCCUGGCGGGUAUCAUCUUGAUGCUCAACCAGGACAGUCUCGAGAAGCAGUUCCCAACGCCCCACGAAUGGUCGUUCAUCACGCGCAUGCGAGUCCGAGGGGCAAAAAGCGCCAAUAACCAUGGAGGUCCCAAGGGCAAGAACUGGGAUGAGAUUAUUGUUUCCUGCAGGGAGGCCCUGAAGAGGCUUGAGGAUCCCAAUAUCGACGGUGCCGGCGUCAGGGAGCUUCUCAACGACGAACCCCUUUCCAUCGAGGGCCUUGGAAACGUGGGGAAGGAUAUCUCCGACAAGAGCGAGAACUGGCGGAGGGGCUACUAUGAGGUAAUGAUGCUGCUGGCCAGGAGCCUGGAGCAGGUCGACGGCUGGGUCAAGGACAAAACGAGAAAUAUCGUCUGCCCACCCCAGAUGGUGGUGGGGCCAUCGAAUCCUCGCCCGGAGCCCAUGCCCCCAGGAGCGCCAUCAGCGCCGAAGGAGGAGAACUGCGAACCGGCCUAUGAGUCUGCAGAGAACGCCUAUCUGCGGAUUCUCACGACAAAGGGAUUCAGUACCAAGCAAAGGUUGGACGCAGCACUCGCGUACGCUUUCUUCUUAGACUACAAAAGGUUGCCUGAGGCUGCUGAGCGGGUAUAUGACUGGGCCCUCUCGAUUGCCACAGAGUCUGCCGACCCGUCCUCUCCACCGCUGGUGGACCGGCGCACGUUGACCAUACACGACAAAGCCACACCGCCGUCUGACAACGUCCUCUCGGUCCUGACCGCGAUAGCGACCCAGAAAGCCCGGUCGGGCGACCUCUCGGCGGCACUGCCCAUGUUCAUCUCGCUGCUCCGCGCCCGCCGUUCGCUCCCGUCCACAGCGGCGGAGGGUUCGGUGGAGGAGACAGCAGCAGCAGCAGCAGCAGCAUCAGCAGCGGAAGCACGAUCGAGUUGGUGGCAGAAGCUGUGGGAGCUGGCCAAACCGCCGCAGUACCCGCCGCCGCCGCCCGACGGCACGCAAGCCCCCUGGCGAAGUGCGAAGAAUCUCUGCGAGGAGGCGGCGCUACACCUGUACAUCGGCGAGAUCCUCUACUCAAGCCAGGACAAGGCGCAGAUGCGCGAGGAAGGCGUGGCGUGGACGCGCGACGGGGUGGACCUGGCGGAGGAGCAGCUCCGCAAGCUCGGGACGACGGGGGCGGGAGACGCCAAGGAGACGUGCAAGGAGUGCCUGACGACGGGACUGGAGAACUGGUCGACCAUGGUGAAGCGGUUGGCCAGGCAGGAGGCCGAGCAGCACAAGAAGCGCGAGGAGAGCGGUGGAGGCGGGUCGUCUUUCGGGGCGUUCUGGAGCCAGCCUAAGCCGCAGGAAGUCGAGGCGCGUUGGGCGGCUGAGGAGAAGGUGGUCCAAGAGCGGGUCCGGAGGACGAGCGAGCUGCUGAUUGAUGCGGCACCGCCAGAAAGCUUUGUGCAGAGCCUGCUCAAGGCGUAGGUGGGACUACUGUGAUGGACGAUCCGUUUCUGGGUCGGCGACCUUCGCUGCCUUCGCUAUCUGUGCAGCAAUCGUGCUGCAGUAUCUAUUCUACGGUUGCACAGUGUAACUGCUUCGUACCUUUCAAGGGUUGAAAAGUAACAAAUGUUGAAUUGGAAUAACUCCAGUUUGGAGCAUUGGGGUCGUGAAGCACAACAGAACUGCAGCCCUCAUGUGCUUGAUCUCGGAAUAUGUUGACAUGCCAAAGACCCGGCAGACCGGAUCGCUAAGAUUUUGCCCGUCACGAACGGGGGGAUUUCUUUUCUCCUUUUCUUAUUCUCUUUCUCGAACUGGGCAGAGGAAUUGCCAUGGCAUCUGAGACAAGUGCCAUCCGUUCGCAG